GCAGCUCCAUGACACCAGGAAAGCUAUCAGGCCCCGGGCUGCAGCGUGGCCUCCCACACUGGCUCCGGUUCCAAGGCCCUGCAGAACGGAAUGGCAUGCGGAAUGUGCUAACCUGGAGGUGUCCUGUCUGGUGGCUGCGAACCAGGAACAACGUGCAAUG